AUGCAGACUAUCAACGACGGCAAACAGGGCGAGUACGGCAUGCCCAAGACCGAAACUGUCACUUCGCCGUCUCUGACCGCCGCGACGAGGGAUUCGACGACGAACGAGGCGGGCCUCCUCCACUAUCAGCUCGACCGCGAGGCCACUCUGGAUCCCAUUCUGCCUGCGCCGGCGGUGGGAUAUCGCGUGUAUAAGCGUCGCUGGUUUGGCUUGAUCCAGCUGGUUUUGCUGAACAUUGUUGUUAGCUGGGAUUGGUUGACCUUUUCUCCGAUAUCGAGGACUGCGUCGGAGUUUUUCGACGUCUCCGAAACGGGGAUUAAUUGGCUGAGUACCGGGUUUUUGUUUGCGUUUGUUGUUGUUGCGCCCAUCGUGGUAUACGUCCUGCAUUUCGGGCCGAAGCCGUCCAUCGUAUCGGCGAGUGUUUUGACGCUCAUUGGCAGCUGGAUCCGAUAUGGGGGCGUGCGGAUUACGGGCAGUGUCAGUGCUCGGUUUGGAGUGGUCAUGUUUGGCCAGAUCUUGAUUGGCUUUGCGCAGCCGUUUGUGCUGACUGCGCCGACGCGGUAUAGCGAUAUGUGGUUUACGGAUCGGGGGCGGGUGUCUGCUACGGCGCUGGCAAGUCUUGCUAAUCCGUUUGGGGGAGCGAUUGGCCAGUUGGUCAACCCCUUCUGGGCCACAGACGCAAGCAAAGUCCCAGACACAGUCCUCUACACAGCAAUCAUAUCCACCCUCGUCGCCCUCCCAGCCUUCUUCCUCCCCUCGCGCCCCCCAACCCCCGCAUCCCCAACCUCCUCCCUCCCGCAAACCCCUCUCCGCAACUCCCUCUCCAUCCUCGCCCGCAGCAAACCCUUCUACAUCAUCCUCCUCCCCUUCGCCAUCUACGUCGCCCUCUUCAACGCCCUCUCCUCCCUCCUCGUCCAGAUCCUCGCCCCCUACGGCCUCUCCGAAGACGAAGCCGGCAUCGCAGGCGCCAUCCUCAUCGUCGUCGGCCUGCUUGUCUCCGCCCUGCUCUCCCCGCUCUUCGACCGGCUGCACACCCAUCUCGUGCCUAUCAAGGUGCUCGUGCCCAUUGUUGCCGCCAGCUUCCUCGCCUUCAUAUGGGCGCCCGGUACGCGGGGGCUGGCGGCGCCCUAUGCGGUUUGUGCGGUGCUCGGCGCGAGCAGUUUUGCGUUGUUGCCGGUUAGUCUGGAGUAUGUGGUUGAGGUGGCGUGGCCGGCGAGUCCGGAGGUGGGCAGUGUGGUUAUGUGGAGUGCGGGCCAGUUGCUCGGCGGGGUGUUUAUUGUUGUUAUGGGGGCGUUGAAGGGCGCGGACGGGGAGCCGGAGGGGAGUAUGAAGAGGGGGUUGGUGUUUAUGGCGGUUGUGGCGUGUGUGGUUGUGCCGUUGCCGUUGAUGUUGGGCGUUCGGCGGUUGGGGUUGGGCGAGGGGACGAGGAAGGGGAGGUUGGGGGUUGAUGAGAGGGGGGGGAGUGGGGAGGAGGGUCAGGUGGAGGAGGCGUGA